UUAUCACAAUUAAGAUCAGUUUGGAUCUUGGGUCAAAAUCACAUUUUAACUCAGUAGUAAUAAUAAUAAAGUCAUUAGCCCAUUUUGAGAUCACUUGAAAAGGAAAACUACCAACUGGGAUAAGAUUUUACUUCAAGGAAUACCAUUUAAGAUACAAAUCCUUCUCUAAUGUGAUAUCUAAUUGUAUACUGCCAGUACUUGGAACUAAAUUGUUUGAAGUGGUCUAGAAGCAAGAAGCAUUUUGCUUACACUGUAGUUCUACUACAUGAUACGAAGAUAUACUACAAUUUUUGAAAAUCUCUAAAAUGCUGUUUUGUGCAGCUCCCAGAGGUCUAUUUUUAAACUGAUUUGUUUGAUACCCAACCUUUUUUUAAAAUUUCAUCAAAGGAAGACUUUCAUGUAAAAUGUUACUUUAAAAAAGCAAUAGAAUCCCAGUCACUUGAGGUACAGGACUGAAGUCUGAUACUUUAAAGUUCUGUCAGUUAUUUUAUGGGGUAACUGUUUUUCCCCUAAUAGCUUCCAUGCAAGCAGUUAGUGUUUUGGCAUGCUUUAGUUCUUCCUUUCAAUGAUACAUUUUCCUUUCAGACAUGGUCCUGGGAAUACCGCACAUGAGAUCUGAUAAAGGAGAGACGUGCUUUUAAAUUGAAAGUGCCAUGUCAUUAUUUUCCAUCAGUUAUUAUCAUGUACACAAUUGUGCUGUAGCAUACUGACUGACACUAUAACAAGAUUUAAUGUCGUCUGCAUGACAUGAAAGUUCUGCGUAUCAGAGAAGUGGCCCAUCACAAAUGCAGAGUGACACAUUUUUAAAAGUGAGUUUCAAAAGAGAAAAAAGAUUCAUGACUUUGGCAGAUCUUGAUAGAGAAACCAGGUGUUUCAGUUUCUUUUCAGAAAAUUCUGUCUCUAGGCAAUCAGUCUUUUAAUGCUAAAUGCCAGUCUCUGUUAGGUUUCCAGCAUCCAUCUGAGUGAAGAGCUUCGUGAGAAGAAAAGAUGAAUUUGAAAAAUUCACUGGGGUAUAUCCUACUGCUGUUCAUCCAUUGUGGACUAUGGAUAAGUGCAGAAGAGGUCUUUGAACUUGCCAAUUCUCACAUGCUUUUACCAGGAGACUAUACAAGUCUGAUGAACGUUAAUACAAAAGAUUUUCCACGGGACUGCAGUGAAAUUCUUAAGCAAUCUGAACAAAGUUCCAAAGAUGGCAUUUACAUCAUUCAGCCAGCAAAGGAGCCCAUUGGCGUGUACUGUCAUAUGAAAGAUGGGGGCUGGACAGUGAUUCAGCACAUAACUGCCAACAGUACUGUGGACUUUGAUAGGACCUGGCAGGACUAUAAAUAUGGAUUUGGCUCCCUUAAAGACAACUACUGGUUAGGGAAUGAAUAUAUGCACCAGUUAACCAGUUCUUCAAUACUUUAUACGCUUAGGGUUAAACUUGUAGACCUAAAUGCUGAAAUCAAGUGGGGAGAGUAUGAGCCGUUCCGCAUUGAAGAUGAAGCAUCUCAGUAUAGGAUCCGGCUGGGCUUGUACAAAGGCAAUGCUGUUGAUGCUCUGACUCAGGAUACAGAAGCAUAUCUUCAUGAUAACCAGAAGUUCACUACAAAAGACAAAGAUAACGAUAACUAUUUUCAAAACUGUGCCAAAUUGGAAUACAAUGGCAUUCCUGGUGGAGGCUGGUGGUAUGAUGCUUGUGCUGGAGCAAAUCUGAACCGUAGGAAUGUUAUAUAUUGGCAGAAGGACUGUAACAAGGAGCACAUGUGUAAAUAUGCCUGGCUGAUGGUCAAGCCAGUCGAUCACAGUCAAAACUAUGACAAGGCUUGUCUUGCUCAGAAAGAUGAAUUGUAAACAAUGCUGCAAGUGGAAUCCAGCUCCUCAAGUUCUGAUCUGGGGAUGGAAAGCAAUUUUUUUUCUUUACUUGCAUGUAGAAACAGAAUGCUUUAUUAAAUUGUAUGUUUUGAAAGGUAAAAAUUAGACCUUCUGCAUGGCACCAAAGUUGAAUAACUAACAGGAACUUUAAAAUUCCCAAAACUUCUGUCUGAGUUUUCUUUAAUAAAAGUUAACAUUCCAUUCUAGGGAGCCUCCUGGGUACCUAUAUCCUGCUGAGGCCCAGAUCUGAAACUUUGGUUGAUCAGGACUCUCUUUAGUAAAAGAGGACACAGGAUCAGACAACAGAUUUGUGUUUUACGUAGAGUUUUUCCUUGUUUGGAACAUGUGUAGAUGCCCUUAUAGCCCUUGAACCAUCAGCUUGCUCCUCUGCAUUCCACCACUUGGAUCUAAACAAAUUGCUAUUCUAUGCAUGUAAGCAGCAGUCAUAUAUUCCUCAUCUGUUAGCGAUGUAGGAAUUUCAGCCUUCACUGUCAGCUCCGUGAUGACUUGCAUAUUUGCACAGUGUUCUAUAUUUUAGAAACCCUGGCAAAUACUGAGGAGGUCUCACAGGGUGUUGGGCAAUCUGUGAUUCUUUAGUCUUGGAAUUCCUAAGUGCUGUUGCUGAUCAUCUGUAUAUUUACAAGGUAGCAUCUCCUUUAGCAUCUCUUCUAAGGAAUCUCUCUUCUCUGCUUCAGGGAUCAAUGAAGCUGGCCUGGGAAGCCACCUCAGUCACUUGGCUCUUUCUUUAGAAUGGAAUGGGAUCUAGCUACACCCUUUUCAACAUAAAGAACUCAGGAGGUGUGACACAGAAACAGCUCUCAUUCAGCUCUGAUAAUGUUUACAAAAUUUUGUUCUACAGCAAUAGUUUACUGUUCGUAGCCACUCCAGUUCUACAAGGAAGCAUAUAAAUAUUUUAAACAAAUAAAGACAUAAUUAAGAAUGAACUUGUCCUGCUUUUCCCAUUCCUUCAAAACUAAAACAUUCCACCAUUAUUUAAUUAUAGGA